AUGGGUCACAAGGUGCACAAGCCGGGAGACGAGCAUCGUUUCCAUUCACUGACUCAUCCCCACGUGCACCCGCCAGCCGGCAGUCCGCGCCUCCGACGAACUCGCAUUCCGUCACGCGUGCUUGUGCAAACUAAGGCAGUCCUGUCGCGGCAGGCGAAGCGCCUCGCACGAAAAGCCGACGAGCUCGAACACGUGAUCUCCAAAGUUACAUACUGCUUAGGCGUUCUUUGCUUCGGCAUCUUCUGUUUUCUCCUCGGAUCCCGGCCCUAUGACGUUCCUCGUUUAUACGCCGCCUUCUUCCUCAUGGCCACACCCCUCCGCUGGAUCUACUACCGCAGCAAGAAAUGGCACUAUUUUCUUCUCGACUUCUGUUACUACGCGAAUGCGAUUCUGGUGGCCUUUCUCGUCUUCUUCCCCAUGAGUCAGCACCUCUUCCUCGUCUGCUUCGCUUUCUCUGAGGGUCCCUUGGCCUGGGCGCUCAUUGUAUGGCGGUGCAGCCUGGUGUUCAGCUCGGUGGAUAAGAUCGUGAGCGUGCUGAUACACCUGUUACCCGGUACUGUCAUCUUCAUUAUCCGCUGGUGGGACCCGGUGACCUUCCACCACCACUCAGCGGACGACACGGGCCCCUGGCCUGCUUGGCCGCAUGUGGCGAGUAUGGGCGAGCUGUGGGUGUGGAUGCUCGUCGUGCCGCUCAUCGCCUACAGCCUGUGGCAGAUCCUCUAUUGGUUGGUGGUGGAGGUGCUGAGGAAGCGUCGGCUGGUGAAGGACCCAGAGGUGAUGACGUCAUUCCGGGAACUUUCCAAGAAGGCCUCCCGUGCCAACAACUUCUGGUGGUGGCUGAGCGGUGUGUUGGGGGAUUCGAACCGCUUCUUUAUGUACGCCCUCAUUCAGGGCGUCUUUACGGUGGCCACAGUAGCUCUCACAGUGCCCAUGUUCUGCAGCUACCGCUUCCACGCACUCUUCCAGAUCUUCAAGAUCGCUGCCUCCAUCUGGAACGGAGGAAAUUUCAUAUUCGAUGUGCUGCCACGGCAAGUGCAUGCCAAGCGAAUGAAGAAAGCAGCCAAGGCAGCAGAAGGAAGAGGGGCUAGUAGCGGUACAGAGAAGGACCCUCUGGUGGAAAGCCCGAGCUGGGAUGCGCAUUCAGGUAGCAGGGAGGAGCGCCGGGCAGAAAAACGGGCAGCUGCGGCCGAGGCGGCAGAUGCAGCGGCGUCGCUGGAUGGGGCUUUUGUUCCGCCUAUCAGUGGGGAUUUCCUGUUACCGGGUAACAACUCGUGGAGCCACGUGGGGGUGAAUGGCAGUCUCGCUGCAUACAGGGCAAGUGUGCGGGGCAAAGGGCAUGGAGGGGAGGAGGAGGAGGAGAGUGAUGAUGAGAUACCUCUGCGAGAGGGCUUGCUUGAUGGCACUGCUCGGGUUGAGGACACGGGCAGAAAAGUCGUCAACGGUCAGGUACUGUACACCAUGCGUCUGUACGGCAUGCCUGGGGCGCACCAUGCUACUGACGAGGAUGACCUUAGCGAGGACGAAGAAGAUGACCCUGACAGCUCAGCAGAAGCCGCCCGUCUGCUCAAUCCGUUUCCCCAAUCUGGCUUCUCUUUCCGUCCACUAAUCUCGCUCUGCCAUCCAUGUCUGCAGCUGGGAACGCCGAGUGCAGAGGACGCUGCUGCGUGGAUCGAUGCAAUCACCAAGGCACUCACUCUGCCACCGCCGCCUCUGCUCACCCCAGCGGCCGACGCCUCAACCCAGCCGUCACAACCGUCACACCCAUUACAACAACCGCCACACCCAUUACAACCGUUACGAACACCAUCACAUUCCUCAAAACCGCCGAAGUCACCACGACAAGUUCCGUCCACUCGGACUGGUCAAGAUGAUAGCCCAAUGUCACGGUCCCCGCAGGCUAAGUCUGCGUCGUCGUCCUCACCGGACCUCAUUGGCUCUCUAAUUUCAGCCCACGGCGCAUCCCUUGCCACGCCAGCCGCCGCUGCUCAUUCCCUCUUUGGCGCCCCUCCGUCAUCUGCUGAUGUGACAAAUCUGGCCCUCCCUGCUGUGGCUUCUUUCCACCCAGCUGCUGCUGCUGCUGCCACUGCUGCUGCCGAUCCUGCUGGUGCAGCUGCCGCGGCUGCUGCUAAUCCUGCCGCCGCUGCUGCUGCUGCUAUGGGAAAUAUGAUGUUCCCAGCUGCGGCUGCUGUUGCCGCAGCUGCUGCCGAACCCGCUGCUGCAGCUGCCGCCGCUGCUGCUGAUCCAGCCGCUGCCGCUGGUGCGAUGGCUAAUAUGAUGUUCCCAGCUGCUGCUGCUUUGGGUCCAGUUGCUGCUGCUGCUGCUGCCGCUGCUGCUGAUCCUGUUGCUUCUGCUGUUGCCGCUGCUGCUAAUCCUGCUUCCGCCGCUGCCUCUAUGGCCAAUCUUAUGCUCCCCGCAGCUGCUGCUAUGAAUCCUGCUGCUGCGGCCAUGCUCCCUCUCGCGUCUGCUGCAGCGGCUGCUGCUGCCCCUGCCACUGCAGCUGCCACAGCUAGUGUGACGAGGACUCUCUCUCCUUCCAUCCACCCCUCCCUGUCUCUCGCCAUCUCCCCCUCUCUGCCUCCGAUUGGCCCACAAGCAAAGCGUGCAGCAGCACAGCCCUGUCAACCAGUGCUGCCAGCUGCUGCUGCUGCCUCUGCUGCUGCUGCUGCUUCUGGUGCUUCUCCUGCUGCUGCUGACAGUUGUUCCGGCAGUGGGGGGGACAGCAGCGGCAUGCUCACUCCUCCCACGGGCUCCUCUCCCGCUCUCUCCUUCCAGCCCACCCCCUCCCCCUCGUCCCCGCUCCUCCCCACCCACUCCCCCCUCGACUCAUUAUCUCUCACCCGAAGCUCCGGUGGGGUUGUUGGCCCUGGGCAGGGAACAGGUGGUGGGGCAGGGGCAGGGGCAGGAGGGGGGGCAGGUGCGGGAGUGGCAGGGUCAACCAGGGUGGCAUCAUCUUUUGACAGGCCAGGCUCCCAUGCACCGCCUUCCCAGCAGCAGCAGCAGCAGCUGCCCUCCUCGUCCUCCCACGCUCCUCCUCCUGCUCCCACCUCUUCCUCCCCAUCAUCUGCUGUUGUUGCGUCGCAAUCCAAGUGGCGCCUCGACCGCUGCCAGAACGGGCUUCGUUUCUUUGAGGAGGCCAGCAGGACGCCCAUUCUCCACCGCCUAUACAAGUUGCCUGUGAUGAAAGCAGUGGGAGUGGUGAAGGCAGCACCGGACCAGAUAUUCGACCUCGUGAUGAGCUUCGGGGAGGAGCGAGCAGAGUGGGACGCCAUGUUUGCAGAGGCGCGAGUGGUGGAGGCUAUUGAUGGCCACACAGACGUGGUGCACAUGUGCUUAAAACGAACCUCGCUGUGGACGAGAUCGAGAGACCUGUGUCUGCUACGAUACUGGAAGAGAGAAGAAAACGGAACUUACCUCGUGUUCUUCAAGUCCGUGAGCCAUCCCAAGUGCCAUCGACCGUGGGGCCGCGUCCGUGCUCUCAUCUACAGUGGCGGCUACAUCAUAUCACCUCUGCAGCAUAGCGACGGCCCCCUUUCACCCCAGCCUUGCACCUGCGGCCCACCGCCCCCCCGCAAGCCUCGCUCGCAGGUGGAGCACGUGUUGGAAAUGGACGUGUCAGGGUGGUCCUCAUGGAUUGGCAUUGGCCUGUCAUCGCAUCCCGCACAUCUCCGCGACUCCUUGCUGCUCAGGGUGGCUGGGCUGAGAGAGUACUUCGCCUGCAGGGGAGGAGCCCCCUUAGCCUACUACUCCCUGGGUAUCCAGCGCCGCCUCAUCUUCCCCUGCCCUCUCGAUUUGUUCCCUCCCCACCCUUCCCACCCCACUUCCCUUGCCCCACCAAGCCUAAGAGAGUACUUCGCCUGCAGGGGAGGCGCCAGACUAGCCUACUACUCCCUGGGGAUUCAGCGCCAUCUCAGCUUCCCCAACACACCCUACCAAUUCGUAUCCCGCCCUCCCCUCCAACCCGCCCCCCUUCUUCCCUCCUCCCCACCAGGCCUGAGGGAGUACUUCGCCUGCAGGGGAGGCGCCCCUCUCUGGCCUACUACUCGCUGGGCAUCCAACGCCAUCUCAUCUUCCCCACCACCUCCUAUUCGUCUCCUGUCCCCUACUUUUCCCCCUCUCCUAAACAGGCCUGAGAGAAUAUUUUGCCUGCAGGGGAGGGGCCCCUCUGGCCUACUACUCGCUGGGCAUCCAGCGGCAUCUCAUCUUCCCCACCACCUCAGCUAUCAGCACCGGACCCACAGGGGUUCGGCUGGACUGGGAGGGGCGGUGGCAGCGGCUGUGGUGGCAGCGGCGGCAGCAGCUGUGGCAGCGGGAGGGAAGGGCGAGGUGGGGGGCGAUGGGAGGAGAACCCCCAGGUUGGACCGAGCAUUGUCCAACUUUCUUGAUAUGGAGGACCCCGAUGAGUUCUAUGAGUGCCGCACCAACGCUCCUUCCGAGACGUCUAGUGAUGGCGUGCUGCAGAGGGACCUGUCAGGAGUCAUGGUGGACGGUGUAGAUGCUUCCAAGCUCCCCGAUGACUGGUCCCAUGUGCCUCGAGAUCUGACCCCUGAAUCCCUCUCCCUCCCUCUCUUCAUCGACUGGAGCAAGCUGAGCGGGUCUGUGGCCCCCAACCACUCGGGCAAGGGCAAGAACUGCUGGAGCCGACCCGACUGCAACGUGUACAAGCUGAGGAGCAGGAACUACCUCACUGAUGGCAGCAUGGCGCCAGCUGGCGAGCCACUGUGCCAGCUGGUGGCGGUGGAUUGGCUGCGGCCAGAGAAGCACCCUGCUGCACACGUGGCAGCCCACAAGAAGUGCCUCGUGCAGAGAGUACGGGCCUGCUAUGGUGACCAGGCGCCGUUCUUCAUCCUCAUCAACCUCCAGGUCCCAGCAGGCAAAGAGGUCUACUCCAUGGUCUUUUAUUUCACAGCAGAGCGACACUUGCUCGACCUGCCGUCGAUGCGCCGAUUCCUGGGUGCAGAUGACUCCUACCGCAACAACCGCCUUUCCCUGCUGCCCUCUGUGCCAGAGGGCUCGUGGCUGGUGAAGCAGGCGGUGGGGUCGCACAACGUGGUGAUGGGGCAGGUGAUGGAGACGGCUUAUCACUCCACAGAGGAGUACUUUGAGGUGGAUGUGAACAUGGCAUCGUCGUCGGUGGUGCGAGGCAUCAUGGGCAUGGUCUUUGGAUACAUUACAAAUCUUGUCGUCGACAUGGCAUUCUAUCUCAAGGGAGAGACUGAGGACGAGCUACCGGAGCAUAUUCUAGGAGCGGUGCGAUGCUCGUAUCUAGAACUCAAUUCCGCGAUCCCAUUCCCUUUUAGAUAA